UUCUGACAUUUAACAUCCCUGUUUUUGCAGUAUUAUCAUUUGUCAAUUGUCAAAAAGUCAAAAAAAAAUUAGAGAAAUUUUGUUUUCAUUGUGAAAAUUUAUAAAAAUAUUAUAAAUUAAACAAAUUUUAAGCAUUUAAAAGUAACAAACAAGAUGCCGGCUUAUCAUUCCACCAUUAAAGAGUUUCCCUCUAUGGUUGGUAAUAUGGCUAUAUUACCCUUGAGAACUCAGUACCGAGGACCAGCUCCAGCACAAAUGAGUAAUGAUAACGAUAUCAUUGAUGAGUCACUGUACUACUUUAAAGCAAAUGUAUUCUUUCGCACCUAUGAGAUAAAGUCGGAAGUUGAUCGUACUUUAAUAUAUAUCACUUUAUAUAUAACGGAAUGUUUAAAGAAACUGCAACGCUGUUCCAAUAAGAAUCAGGGCCAACAAGAAAUGUAUAGUUUGGCCAUAUCCAAAUUUGAUUUGCCAGGAGAGGCUGGUUUUCCCUUAAAUGCUGUAUAUGCUAAGCCACAAACGGCACAGGAUUCAGAAUUAAUGAGACAGUAUUUAUUGCAAUUGCGCCAUGAAACUGGCAAUCGUGUUUUGGAAAAGGUAUUCAAUACUGAAGAUGGCAAGCCUAACAAAUGGUGGAUCUGUUUUGCCAAAAAGAAGUUCAUGGAAAAAUCACUAUCUGGCCCAGGCCAAUAAAACCCUUAACAUAUAAGGCUUGUUAUAAGAUAAAGACUUCCAUUCAAAAAAAGGGCAUUAUAUAGCUACUACAACAAAUUUCUUACUUUUUUAAUUAAAAAAAAUUGUUUGUUUUAGUAUUUCAACUAAAUAUUUAAUGAAAUUAACACAUA